GGAGGAGGAGGAGGAAGGAGAGCGAGACCAGGGCGAGGAGAGCACAACAGCUGGCCUCUCCUGCGGCCCAGGGAGGGCGGAUCGCGGCCUCUGACAGCUGGGUGGGGUGGGGGGUUUGGAGGGGGAGAAGCUGCCCCCUCUCCUGCCCCUGCCACCCCGGCUGCUUGCUGCAAAGGGAGCUCUGGAGGAUGGCCGGAGGGAGCCUGGCUCAGGUCGAGGCGGUCCCGGCGGGCCACUUGAGUGCCACACACCUGUCGCGGUGACGGGGACCGGGCUCUGUGGCAGAGCUGCGCUUUCUAUGCAGAAGGCUCACUCCCCGAUGGCAUCGCCAGGUGCCCGUGGCCUUUGAGGACGUGGCGGUCUAUUUCUCGCGCGAGGAGUGGGCACAGCUGGCAGAAUGGCAGAAGGAGCUAUACCAAGACGUAAUGGCAGAGAAUUACGAGCUGGUCUCCUCGCUGGAAUGCCUGCUCUCUAUCCCUGAACUGCUCUCCCGGCUGGCACGGGGAGAGGCGCCCCACCCUGCUACAGACCCCCCACCCUCUGCGGUAAACGCCGACUCCCCAGCUGACGUGAUUGAGACGCAGCCCCAAAAGCCGCCCGACACCCCAGUGGCCUCCGUGGAACCUGCUGCAGACUCGGCAAAGACCCCCUGCCCUCGGCCCGCCAAGAAGGGCCCCAAGAGAGGGGCGUCGCAGGCCGCUCGGGGGCCCUCAGGGGCCGGCCGGGCCCCUGCAGACCGGCCGAAGACGACCCCCAAGCGGGAGAAGCCUUUCAAGUGCCCCAAGUGCCAACGCCGUUUCCUGGGCCGCCUGGCACUGACCGCCCACCGGCGCCUGCACGUCCGCAAGUGGCCCCGGCCGGGCCCCCAGAGCGCGGGAAGGGCCCCCCAGGCGCCGGAGCUCGCCGUCCCCCAGGAAGGCCAGCCGGGUGCCAGCCCCAGCCCUUUCCCUUGCAGCCAGGGCGAGGGCACCCUGCCCUUCUGGCCGGAGAUGGCUCUGCACCAGCAGUCUCCUCUGACGCACGGCUUCAACCCCUGGUCACUGGGCUACGGCCCCCAGCCCUUGCCCGGCCACCAGGCGCCCGGCCUGCCCGGCAACGGAGAGUUCAUCUGCGACCAGUGCGGCUGGAGCUUCCACGGCUGGGAGGAGCUGGUGACACACCAGAUGGCGCACAUGGCGGCCGAGGGCAUCGCCGGCUCCGUGCCCAAAGCGGGCGCCCUGGCGCAGCUGUCGGGCGACCGCCCUUACGCCUGCGCCCAGUGCGGCAAGAGCUUCCGCCACAAGCCCAACCUGCUGGCGCACCGGCAGGUGCACACGGGCGAGCGCCGCUACCAGUGCCAGGAGUGCGGCAAAUCCUUCGGCAGCAAGGCCUACUUGGCGUCGCACCAGCACAUCCACACCGGGGAGAAGCCCUACGUGUGCGCCCAGUGCGGCAAGAGCUUCCGCCACAAGCCCAACCUCAUCUCCCACCAGAAGAUCCACACGAGGGAGCCGCUGCCGCCCAGCCACCCGCUGGAUGCCUUCGACGGCGGAGACGCCUUCCAGAACCCGCGCGCCGCGGCUGACCCCCUUGGGCUGGACGCCUUCCGGCGGCCCAUGCCGCUGCCGCCGCCGCCCCCGGUGCCGACCGAUGCCCGCCUGGCCUGCGCUCAGGGCGACACUCCUCUGCCGCCGCUGCCCGGCCUCCUGCCGCCGCCUCCCCCGGCAGCCGAGCGCCCCUUCGUGUGCCCUGUGUGCGCCAAACAGUUCCGCUGCAAGCCCUACCUGGUGGCACACAUCCGCAUCCACACGGGGGAGAAGCCCUACGCCUGCAGCCGCUGCCCCAAGCGCUUCUCCCAAAAGUCCAACCUGGUGUCGCACGAGCGCCUGCACACGGGGGAGAAGCCCUACGCCUGCCCGCUCUGCCCCAGGGUCUUCAGCCAGGGCUCCAACAUGCGCGCCCACCAGAGGAGCCACAGGAAUGUGGCUGCCCCCGGAGAGACGGGUGUCAGCCUCCGACAGGGGUACGUGGUGAGGCAGAUCCAGCCGCCGCCGCCGCCCCCAAACUAGGCCUCGGAGGCCUGCUCCUCCAUAGCUGGGGUGGCCUCUGCCUCUUGGCCCUCCGCCCUCCCUGCCUGCCUGGGAAUCGUUUGGUGCCGUUCCUGCGUCGCAGCGGGGUUGGGCUGGAUGACUUCUGGAGUGUCCCUUCCGACGCUACGGUUCUACACUGCACCCAUGUUUCCAUUUGGUGUGGUUCCUGAAUUGCAGCGGGGUUUGGCUGGAUGACCUCUGGGGUGUCCCUUCCGACGCUGCAGGUCUAUGGCACAAAAACGUUUCCCUGCGGCCGCGUGAACUGGGCAAAGGCUGCGGUGCCCUCCCGUCCCUUGGGGAGUCUGCAGAUUUCCCACCCGAAAGAGGUCCUCUCCUCUCGCUGCCCCCGCCCUGCCUUAACCUCAGAAUUUUGCUUUGGCAAACUUCGCCCCGUCCUGAGAAAUCAAACAAGGCAGGAGGGACCCCAGACUCCCGUUUCCGGAAAGAGAGUCGCCAUGCCUCCGGCCUCCCGGGAGUAUUUUCCUGCUGUCCUGGAGAGGCUGCCAAGAAAAUUCACUCUGCACGUGUUUGGCAACACACUCUUCUUUUUGACGGAGCAUGGAGCGUGUGGCUUAAAAGGAAACAGGGGUCCACAGCUCAGAGGUGGGGCACAGGAUUUGCAGCCUCAGUCCCCGAUAUCUCCACUGAAAUGGAUCAUACCCUUGGGGGAGGGGCAGCGCUCGGCUCUGUGGUCCCGUGGGCUGAGUCCGAAUUGGGUGGGCGGGGGCGCUUCCUUUGCUUUGUGUCUUCAGCAGGGGCAGCGAGCAGACUGAGAUCGAGAGCAGAAGAAUUAGGAAAAUUAGAAGAUAAGAAGAGCCUACUGGAUCAGGCCAAUGGCCCAUCUAGCCCAGCAAGCAGGAACGGGGCAGCAAUUUUCUCCAAUUGUUGUCCGCCAUGAUCUGGUUAUGCAGAGGUAGACUGCCCCUGGGCAUGGAGGUUCCACUGUCAUAAUAGACCUCCACAAUAAGCCCUCUCCCCUCCUGCAGUUUCUGGCAGCGACGGCCACCAAAUGCUUGGGGACAGAUUCACGGAGGAGAAGGGGGCUGCCGAGGGCUCCAGCAGUGGAGCCACCCUGGCUAGAAGCCGUCCCCAGCUCUCUCCUCCUCCAAGAAAUUGUCUAAUCCCCUUUUAAAGCCAUCUAGGUUGGUGACCAUCGCCGUCUCCUGUGGGAGGGAGUUCCGCAGAUGAACUACGAGAGUCGAGGGACCGCAGAAGCCCUGCAGCCAACAGAAGCCAGCUUUAGCUCUAAAAAUAAAAUAAAAGCUCUGGACCUUUGCUGCUUCUUUGCAGACGGACGGUUUCAGUGAAUGGGCCUUGGCAGAAUUUGGGGCAGGGAUGUGCCUGUGGACAGAGAGCGAGAGAGCAAGAAAAAGGAUUCUCACCCACAACUGACACAGCAUGAUAGAUUUUUAAAAUAAUUAGAAGCAGGCCUGUCUUGUCGUGACUUUGGGGGAAAUUCCCCGCAGAAGCAGGCAAGAUUUCUUUUGGUUUGUUUUUUUCCCCUUUUAGGAUUGCAGCUUAAUUUUUUAAAAAUAGAAAAUAAGCAGGUGGCUAGUCCUCAUUGCUGGCGAGACACGAUCCGAAGAUGUGCGAGUCGUCUCUCCACGAGGUUCAAAAUCCACGGCGAGGAGGAGCUGCCGGCCGGCCUUGCAUGGUGACCUGUGUCUCUCGCCUGCCUUCCAAGUCCUGUUCUCCUACCUCUGUCCUCAAAGCCUCCUUCAACUUUUCACCUUCGGCUUCUGCAGCACCGCAUGCAAGCGGAGCAAGGGGGGGGGGAAGCUUCUCUGCAUCUAUUUGCUUAAUUUGGCGUUAUUUAUAACCAGGGCCGGCUAUGGGAUUGGGCCGUUUGUGUGUGCGUGUGAAGACUUGUGGACAAGGAGACCACAUCCUAAACUCCUCAUGCUAACUUUAAGAAAAUAAUGCAAGGUAAUAACACUGCCCUUUCUAGAUGCCCUGUUUUAGACACAAGCCAAUUUCAUUUUCAACCGGUUUCCUAUUGUAUACUCUUUUAAAACAAAUAAAGCGGUAGAUGUUAAUUUUAAAAACACAGCUCCUUGCAGUGUGUCAUAGAAUCAUAGAAUCAUAGAGCUGGAAGAGACCACAAGGGCCAUCCAGUCCAACCCCCUGCCAAGCAGGAAACACCAUCAAAGCAUUCUUGACAUAUGCCUGUCAAGCCUCUGCUUAAAGACCUCCAAAGAAGGAGACUCCACCACACUCCUUGGUAGCAAAUUCACACUGCUGACUCAUGUCAAGUUUGUGGUCUACCAAGACUCCUAGAUCCUUUUCACAUGUACUGCUCUCAAGCCAGGUGUCUCCCAUCCUGUAUUUGUGCCUUUCAUAUUUUUUUUUUGCCCAAGUGUAGUACUUUACAUUUCUCCUUGUUAAAAUUCAUCUUGUUUGUUUUGGCCCAGUUGUCUAAUCUGUUAAGGUCAUUUUGAAGUGUGAUUCUGUCCUCUGGGGUGUUAGCCACCCCUCCCAAUUUGGUGUCAUCUGCAAACUUGCUCAGGAUGCCCUCAAGUCCAUCAUCUAAGUCAUUGAUAAAGAAAACUGGGAAGACAAAACCCUGUGGCACCCCACUAGUCACUUCUCUCCAGGAUGAGAAGGAGCCAUUGAUGAGCAAGCACCCUUUGGGUUCGGUCAGUCAGCCAGUCCACAGCAUUCGCUUCAUCUACUAGGCUUGUAAUUCUGUCAAAAAAUGAGAUCAGAUCAGAUUAGUCUGACAUGACUUAUUUUUUAGAAACCCAUGCUGACUUUUACUGAUCACAGUGUUCCUUUCUAGGUGCUCACAGACAGUUUGCUCAAUGAUCUGCUCUAGAAUCUUUCCUGGUACAGUAUUGAUGUCAAGCUGACUGGGCGGUAAUUGUUUGGGUCCUCUCUUUUCCCCUUUUUGAAAAUAGGGACAACAUUUGCCCUCCUCCAGUCUGCUGGAACUUCGCCUGUUCUCCAGGAAUUCUCAAAGAUUAUUGCCAGUGGUUCUGAAAUCACCUCUGCCAGUUCUUUUAAUACUCUUGGAUGUAGUUCAUCUGGCCCUGGAGACUUGAAUACAUCUAAACUAGCCAAGUAUUCUUGUACUACCUCCUUACUUAUUCUGGGCUGUGUUUCCCCUGCUGAAUCAUCUGCUCCAUAUUCUUCAGGUCGGGCAUUGUUUUCUUUUUUCUGUCGACUGUGGCCACUUGGCCUCUCGCUUCCCCCCCAAAACCAGUUGAAUUAAAGUCACCUCGGGGGGACGGGGGACUUGCAGGUGCAAUGGACUGCAAUUCCCAUCAGCUCCUUCCAGCAUGGUCAAAUGUUUUAACAGGAGGAAAUACAGCAAUGAGGGGAUGUGAGCUUCCGGCUUACACAGCAUUUUGCAUACAGAUUCCCAAUAAUCUGGAUCACUCCCGUGGGUCACGUUUAUCUGUACGGUGGCGCUAAAAGUCUAUGUGCAGGCAGCCUUCUUCCCAAUACAGUGGUACCUUGGUUCUCAAACUUAGUCCGUUCCAGAAAUCCGUUCCUAAACCAAAGCAUUCCAAAACCAAGGCACGCUUUCCCAUAGAAAGUAAUGUGAAACAGAUUAAUCCGUUCCAGACUUUUAAAAUAAGAUUUUUUUUUUCAAUGAAUCUGGGGAGACUUUUCAACUUCAAUGGAUUUUGCCAGGGGACUGAUUGGUAAAUCCGGGGACUGUCCCCAGGAAACGGGUUCGUCUGGUAACCUUAUUUUAAAAACAACCCCUAAAACAGCAGUUUAACAUGAUAUUUGCUCUUUAAAGAGACCAUCUAUAUAUAAAAAAAUGUAAAAAUGGUGAAAGUGUGGGCUCCACUUUUCUCGGUAGCCGCUUGACCGAUCCCCCUGAAAUUUGGACACAACGAUCCAUGCCACUUCCUGAGUGUUUGCAGAACCUCGGUUGCCUCACAUCUCAUACCUGCGCAGGUACAAACCUGUUUUUCAACAAAGUAAAACAGCGCCCUCAAGUGGAUUUCCUCCCACAGUACACCCCCUCCCUUCCUGUGAAAUCUACACCACACCCACAAACCCCGCCUCCACCACAAGAUCCACCACUCACAUAUAUCCAUCCUUUCCCUCUCACACUCCCUCAAUCAUCCUCAUAAUCCUCUCACCAUCCUCCUAUCCUUAUCCUCUCACAAUCACAAAUCCCCCCUGAGGGCCCAUUUCACAGACUAAGCCACAGUAGGGCCUGCAGGGGGAUUUGAAGGGGGACUCUGGGGGCCCAUUUCACAGACCAGGCCACAGCAACGCGUGGCAGGGCCAGCUAGUUGAUUCAUAAAAUGAAAGCAAUAAACAAUGUACUGCAGCCACACAAUCAAUCAGUAGUUGAACUGGGUUUCACACAGUCACAAAAACAAAACUGCAAUAUAAAUAGCAAAAUCAAACAGACCUCAGCGUAACACUCAAAUCGAAAGCAUA